AUGGCCGUCGAGAACCGCGGGCCACAGUUGCUGGUGGUAUGCAUCACGCUGUUGACGAUUGCCAUUAUUUCCAUGUCCUUGAGAAUCUUUACGAGAGUAUUCAUCGUCAAGGGUUUCGGUAGAGAUGACUUUUUGAUGGUCUUUGCCUCUAUUUCAUUCACUCUUUUCGUUACUUGUGCCAUUACCGGCGUUCACUAUGGAACUGGAAGGCAUCAUAAAGACCUUAGCACCCCACAAAUUGAAACAGCAAUGAAGUACUGGUGGCUUUGCUAUAUUUGGUACUGCGUUUCAAUGAUUACUUCAAAACUCUCCAUCGGCGUUUUCCUGCUUCGAAUCACGGUCCAACGCAUUCACCACUACAUUCUCUAUCUGGCCAUGUUUUGCUCGGUUCUUACCGGCCUCGUGUUUUUCUUUGUCACUCUGUUUCAGUGCAACCCCAUUACCUACUUUUGGUACAAGUCGGGACAGGAGGGAACUUGUGUCGACGCGGGCAUCAUCGCAGCCCUCACGUACCUGUACAGCGCCAUCAGUGUGAUUGCCGAUUUUACUUUUGCCCUCUUGCCGCUCCACAUGAUUCGUGGGCUGCAGAUGAACCGGAGGACCAAGUAUGCUCUCAUUCCAAUUCUAGGAAUGGGUUGCGUGGCUAGUAUCGCCGUCGUUGUCCGCUUUGCCUACAUCGAGAACUUUAAAGAUCCAGACUUUCUCUGGGCAACCUUGGACAUUGCCGUUUGGUCGACAACCGAACAGGGUCUUGCCAUCACGGCCGGCAGUCUCGCCUCACUUCAACCUCUCGCCAAGACCGUGGGUCAAAAGAUGGGCAUCUGGCAGACGCAGGGACGUACUGGCCGCAGCGCCAGCGACAUGCACGCACGCACCUUUGGCAGCAACCAGAUGUCGCGCAACAAGAAGAGUCGGUCGGCCAAGGACUCGUACGGCAUGACGACGUUCGACAUUGACGACGCCGAGGAAGGGGGCGUCUAUCAUCAGGGCGACAGCGACAAGGCGCACCCGGGCAAGAACCAAAUCGUCCUUACCCGCGAGGUGGAUAUCACGACGAAUGACAAUACCACCACCGGCACCGGCGCCACAAAUACCAAAUCGUCGAAGCGCACCAGCCGCCUGUGGGCGGUUGCCGAGUCAAAGGCCAACGAGAGCGAGGAGGAGCUCACGGGCAAGUCGCCAAAGGAUUCAUAUCUUGAGCAAUUGGUGGUGCCACGAAGCUUCCUCGCGGACGAAAAGUCGUCGCAAAAGUUUUGA